CAUUCCUUUUAGCAUUAAGAAGUUUAUCUGCUUUUCACGCUAUUAGCUAGUAGAAAAUGAACAGUUUGGCAUGGUGACGCCGGAAGAUCUAGUGAAAGAAAAUCGAGAAAAGCAGUAGGUAGAAGAAAAGAACCUUCGUAAACGACAAGACUGAUCGAAAGAAAUCAAUCAUACAACAAAUCAACAUGGCAACUGUGAUUCCACAGUCAUUAACGAUCACCGUGCAAGAGCUGCUUUCGCGUUUCUAUAGUCCGCAAACUAAUAAUGAAGAAAAAAAAGCCAUAGAAUUAAAACUGCAGGAGCUGCAAAGUACAUCAUUUAACUGGCGCACUUGUAUGGCAUACAUGAAUACAAUUGAAAAUUCGUAUGUAUGGUUUUUUGCUGCCACCACCAUCGAGCGUACGGUUAACUUAUUGUGGAAAAAUCUCACCGCAAUGGAUCAAACACAGCUUCACACGGGGUUGUUCGAUUUGUUCAUUAAUUACCCGCCAGAUGUGCCGGCAUUGCAGCGAGACAAGGUAGCCCAGAUUAUUGCGAUCAUUGCACGACAGCAGUGCAUCAGCAAUGAAAAUAAUUUCGACGAGUUUGUAAGCCAUGUGCUGCAGCUACUGGAAAACAAAUUUUUCCUUGGAAUGGCACUAGUUGCAGCCAUCGGUGAUGCCGUCACGUCAGCGGAUACCACUCAAGCAACAAGCUUCACACGCAUUGUAAAUCGUCACACGGCGAAUAUUAUGCAGGCGCUGAACAAAUAUUGCGGCCUCUUCGUGAUAUUGAUACGGGGUGACAGCCAGCCAACUGUUUUCGACUCCAUGACCGAUGAACGAAAAAAUCAACAUUGCUCUCAACUGUUGAACGUCGUACAGCAGUACUUUAGCUGGAUGAAGUUGGAGCAAGUCGAACCUUCGAUGGUCGGCAACAUCUCGUUUAUCGCCUGCUCUUGGCAAACCCUGCGUGACGGAGCAAUGGCAGCGAUCAUUGCAUUAGCUGAGCUGCUUUACCGCAAUGAAUCCCUUACGAAUGAAGCAGGCCACCAACUGGCGCAAGGCAUGUACCACAUUUUACAUCACGAAACUAUUAAAGCGUCCGAUGAUUUGUACCAAGAGAAGGUGUGCGAUCUGAUCCGGCAAUACAUAAAGCGCGGUUGGCCAUACGAGAUAGACGAUAGAUCACGUCUGUUGCACCGGCUGUUGGAGUUCACAUUAUGCGUAAAAACGCCGCAUGCAUUGAUGGAACGAAUCAACAUUUGGAUGUACGUGUGUGGAUCGCGGUACCUUGAUGACAUCGAGAACGAACAUUGCCUGGUAGGAACGGACCUUUCGCCAGAGUUUGCAAAACAACUGAUGGGCUUUCUAACGACAACGUUAUUCUUUCGCACCUUUGCAUAUCUGGAAAUGCUUGACGAUGAGGAACUCGAUGAAAAUUCUGAAAACGAGAUAAAUCGGUUCCAGAAUCAGAGUAUCGAUCUGAUUUGUCAGCUGUUGCGCUUUUUGAACCCACCGAUGUUGGAAGAAGCAAUGAUGACGCUACUGGGAAACAAUUCGUCAAGCCCAUACGUGGAAGGUAACACCUUUUUCCGAGGAAUGGUACAUUCCCUGCAAGGCAACUCGGAAGUACUCCAACGAUAUGAAAAUGAACGUAUGACACGUAUCUGCAUAGUAGAUUAUAUAACUGCCUGCAACCUGGUGGUCGAAUUAGCUAUGGUGUUGUACGGGAAGCAUCCUGUGAUCGAUUAUGCAAUACACCAAACAACCGUAUUACAAAUUCAAUUGUUUGUAGAGAUUAGCGAUGCCCUGGAUCCCUUCUUAAAUAUGUGCUUACAAAUGGUUUCGUUUCAUCCACACAUUUUUCAUGCAUUGGCUCGAAUCAUUAUGCAAAUUAAGCUAUACAUGCAAAUCAGUUCAUCCACACAAUCAAACGAAGGACAGGCGGGUGCGUCGCAGAAAAUAUGUGACAUCGUAACACACGAGCAGAAGUUCAUUAUUGUAACAAAACUUCCCGCUUACAUAUUGCACCGUAAUACCGUAUUUCAUGUUUACUGGACACAAGUAGUUGUUGAGACUCUCAAACUUCUUAACCUCUACUUGUCCGAAAAAAUGUUAGGCCCGGAAACAAGCUCGAAGAUAUUUGAUGUGUUGAAAGGCGACAUUAUACAUUCAAAAUUAUUUCAUUUGAAUAAGGCAACACGCAGCUUGAUAUAUCGGACCGUAUGCACAUGUAUACUAAUGAUGUACGAUGAAGCCAACCCUAAUACGACCGAAAUAACAACUGCACUGCAAAAGUACAUUUGCAUGCUCGCAUCGGUUUCACUUGAUAGUCGGCCGACCCUAUUCAAGCACAUGGAAGUGGAGCUUCAAGAGCAGUACAUGGAAGCCAUUACCGACGAAUUGCAACACCUCACGUAUAUCUUGUCGUACUACGAAUCGCAAAGUACUAGCAUGCGUGUCCGACUUUUGUAUGCGAUGUACCCAGUAAUCGAGCAUAUUUUGGUGGUUUUCCGCGGUUCGCUUGUUGUCAAUACGUGGGUGACGCAUAAUAAGAACGGAUUGUUCUAUGUGCUACUUGAUUUUUGCAGCCACUCGGUAAACAUUUUGCAGGCCAAGCGAGAUUUGCGUCUACUGAAGGAAAUAGUGCAAGUGCUGAAAGAACUAUUCAUUGAGGAGGAGAAAAUUGGCAAGCAUCGGCUACGUGUGGCCUUAACGCUGUUGAAUACAUUCCGACAGUUGGUGAUUGAUUCGCACUGUCGCUUGCUUGUACCAAGCAUCAUAAGCGUGGUCAUUGACGAAAUGCUACCGGUCAUCACGUCCGACGAACGCUAUUCAGAAAAGGAAGAAUCGAUUCGAUAUGAAGAAGUUUUAAACAGAUUAUAUGAGCUGCUGCAUGAUUUAAUGCAUCAUCGCUGGCAGUAUUUCGUCGAAACGAAUCCCGUGGCCCGGAUGGAACCGGAAGUUCGCACAAUCAUACAGCCCGAAUCAUUUUUGGCCAUCAUGAACGCGUACGGUUACGCGUUGCUGAGCAACACGGAAUAUUCGCUUGUGGUGGGAACUGUAUUGACGUCUCUGGAUAUGCUGCAUGUGCAGCGUAACUUGUUUCGCCUGCAGCAGUUCACGGAACAUUUGAUGGAACAUUUCAUCAAGUUGCUACUAAAGCUGUCAGUCUCCAACCCUGGUUUCAUUCAUCUAGAGCAAAUAAUCAAGGUGCUUUAUGGAAUGGCAGAUGUCGAUCCGGUCAAACUGAAGACGAUCAUAUGUAGUCUGGGUAUGACUCACGACCUAAACACCUUUCACAUGUUCCGAACCGCUCAAGAUUUUCCAACCUUCCGGAUGGUGUUAUUUAAGAUAAUCAACGAAGCCAAAGCGCAACCGCCAGAUUGCAAGAAUUUUGACUUUCUCAAUUAAGUUUUUUGUACAUCUUUAGCAGAGAGCGGGAGAAAGAGGAUUGCGUUGAAGGGUGACUAUA